AUGCUCAGUGAGUCCUCCCUUCCAAACAAAUCUUGGGCUGAAGCUGUCAACACAGCUUGUCACACCCAGAAUCGCUCUCUAAUUGUCAAGAGACAUGAUAAGACAGCAUAUGAAAUUUUAAGAGGAAAGAAACCUCAAAUUACAUACUUUCAUGUGUUUAGAUGCCCUGUAUUCAUUCUGAAUAAUAGGGAUCACCUAGGCAAAUUUGAUCCCAAAGCUGAUGAUGGUUACUUUGUAGGAUAUUCAUCUAUAAGCAAAGCAUUUAGAGUAUUUAAUAUUCGCCUUCAAAAAGUAGAUGAAUCCAUUUAUGUCACUUUUGAUGAAAGCUCAUCUGCUUUAAAAGACAUACAAUCCUCUUCUUAUGAAGAAGUAUUUAGUGAGUUCACUAAUCCUUCAAAUGAGGAAGCUGACUCAUUUUCUAAUGCACCUUGUACCUUACCUGAAUGUCAUCAGCAGACAUCUCAAGAUACAUCAGUAAGUAUUGAUGAGGAACAAGUUGUUGCUCAUAUUUACUCUAUUGAGCCAGUUGCGCCUAUUUUGAGAUCAAUCCAGGCUGCCUCAGCCAACAAUAGAUCAUUAACUAAGGAGGUUCAUGAUCUCGCUGAGGAUGAGUUUCAUGAUGCCUCAGCAAAUGCUGAGGAUAUGGAGUCUGCUGACGACUCCAACAUCAAUGAUAACUCAGCUCAGUCAAAUGACUCAACUGAUCAUCCGGUGGCUGAACCCACUGUCAUCAGUGACUUCUCCCCAUACAAUCCUCUCUCUGCUGUCCCCAUCACUCAAUCUUCCGUUGAUACUCAACUAGGCUCUCCAAGUGUUCCUGCACUUAGGUGA